AGCCGCUUCCGUCGCCGGUGAGCCCUGUUGAGCCCGUUGACUCUUCAAUGUCGACUCCACUGCCAACACCUGAGCCACCGACCAACUUCCUGAAUUGUUUCAUCCCUAAGUACCCUCCAUUCGACCCCUACGAGGAAAAGUAUGUCGCCCAUCCUGCUGGAGAGUACAUCGCCUACAAGUACAAGGACAAGAGACGUGUAACAAUCGCUGCACCUUCUGGUCUGCCAAUGCCAGUCACGCCCGCCUUCUUCGAUGAGAACCGCAGUCUUUCCACCACUUCUUCUCCUGUCAUCCCGUCGUUCACCGCCAUGAGACCUGCUGGUCGAGUAGUUGCUACAAGGACUCAUGACUCAAAAUCGAUCUCCUAUACGCCUCCAGGUUCACCCUUGAAACCGUUCAAAAUCGCUCGUAAGCCUUUACCUCCUGGUGUGAGACCAUUCACUCCAUCACAGUAUCCUCCCCCUGGCUCAUCGAAAAUGGAUUUACCUCGGGCCAGUGCUCGCUCCAACACCGAUGCUGAAAUCAUCAGUCCUGUUCCUCGACGCUCCGCAAGACCAGCAACUACUGAUUUCACCUCUGCUUCUAACCUUGAUCGUACCCUUCCCGUCAAAUCGACUGGUAUCUCCAGAGCCCACACCAGUCGUCCUAAGACCAACAAGCCUCUUCCUCCACUCCCCAGCAGUAGCCACAAGACCAGGCCUUCUAGUUCAGUCUCUCAUCACCGCAACCACACUUCUCAGAAGACCCAACACACUUCUCGGUCAACUGAUCGUACUUUACGUGCGAUUAUGCCAUUGAAGCACCGUGCUAAUCGGGAACAAGAGGAGUCAUCUCGUCACCGUACAAUUCGUCGUUCGAGCAGUGGUGAACUACAGACUAGAUCUGUUACUGCUGCUGAUAUGUUCAAGAGCGAUCUGAAAGAGGUUAGUAGAAGAUUCACGGGCAAGUUCUUUGGAUGAGGAGGUGGGAUGUCUGGUUGAUGGUACAGUAGAUCUUGAUGAUCAUGCCUCUGGCUGAGGCUCUGGGAUGUGGCGUUUGUGUUGGCAAGCUUUGAAUCAUGAUUCAAAUCUGGUGUUUCGGGUUUCAGAUGGGGUGUAUUGCAG